GCUUGGCUUGGAUGAUUUGCAUAGUCGCGUUUGCAUUGAGGGCGGGGGAGAAGCCGCGAUGUUUCUGCAGGGUAGCUCCUGGUCUCCAACAUGGCUGGCAGUAAGUUUGUGCCGGAGGGGCGAGCGAGUGUUUGCAGCUUUGUCCUGGGUCUCUGUGCGGUCUGCAUCCCGCUGCUGUCGGCUGCCGGGUCAGACGCUGAAUGGGUUCAGACCCUGCUCGGCGGAAUACGCAGUAAAGCAGCAGUCGCUGUGUAUGUCGCGUCGGUCAAUGGACUGUUGCUGGUCUUCUACAAGGGACCUGUCUACCAGGUUGCAGUGCGAGCCUGCUUCUUGGGGUUUGCCUUUGGCUGUGGCCUGCCUGUGAGCUUCAGCCAGACAUCAUGGGGACCCUUUGGCUGGUACAUGUGCUCGCUGUCUUUCUUUCACUACUCUGAAUACCUGGUGACGGCCAUCAUCAACCCACACAGCCUCUCCCUCGACUCCUUCCUGCUCAACCACAGCCUGGAGUACAAAGUGGCAGCAGUGUCGUCCUGGGUGGAGUUCACUGUGGAGAAACUGCUCUUCCCAGAGCUGAAGCCUCUUCCCUGGCUCAGUGCUCUGGGGCUGCUCAUGGUGCUGAUCGGGGAGUGCCUGCGGAAGUCUGCCAUGCUCACCGCCGGCUCCAACUUCAACCACAUCGUCCAGAACGAGAAGGCGCAGAGCCACGUGCUGGUGACCGCCGGAGUCUACUCCUGGUUCAGGCACCCCUCCUACGUGGGCUGGUUCUACUGGAGCAUCGGCACGCAGGUGCUGCUGUGUAACCCGGUGUGCCUGCUGGGAUAUACCCUGGCCUCCUGGAGGUUCUUCCGGGAGCGCAUCGAGGAAGAGGAGAUCACGCUCAUCCACUUCUUCGGAGAGGACUAUCUGGAGUACAAGCGCAAGGUCCCCACGGGCCUGCCCUUCAUCACAGGGAUCAAGAUGGAGCCCUAAGCACCCACACACACACCCCCUACCUCCCACUCACCCCACCCCACCCCUGCAUCCUAAACAAACAGCCCCCAUCACCUUCACUCCCCUGGGGAAGCACACCUCACCGAAGGGACUCGAUCUAGCGGAGCGCUAGACACACAGGGGCACGUUUCUGAAAUGCACAAUGAAUUUCAAUUGAAGGGGCGGGGGAAGGCAGUGACUGGAAGGUUCAGUUAAACCCCUUUUGCCCCUGGGAUCUCCUUUUCCUGAAGGCUGCAGAGUGUGCACCAGGCCUCGUCCCUUUUCUUUAGCUCAGAGCUUGGUGCGGCUGCAGGCUUGCUUUGCCGGUUAUUGUUUUUAUUGUUGCUUGGUUUCUGGACAGGGAACUGUCUCGAACCGCAGGUCGAGGGGGUUAACGAUUUGGGGAAUUAAUCUACAAGGGCUGUGUGGAGUUGAGAGGCAGCGUUUGAAUCCUGGUCUCUUUAAAAGUCCACCGCUCUGCGUUGAGUACCGUGUUGUGUUUUGAGAAAGCCCAAAGCUUGCUUGCAAAAUGUUCCACCCGACAGACAGACAGAGACGGAGUAUUUCUUAUAGCUGAUAAUGUGCCCAUUUUGGUUGACAAAGAAAUGUUCUCUGUUGUAUUAUUUAUUUGGAUUAAAAUAAGGGCAGAACCCAAGCCUGUUUUUUUUUUUUUUUAAGCUUGUUUUAUCGUUUAGUAAAAGAUUCAAAAGGCGUUUGUGUUCAAACCAAAUCAGUUUGCGUUUUCCUUAUUGUUUGGACCACAGACUCUCUCUUAAUUUUUUAAUGUUUUUCCUUUUUAAUUUAAUCAGGUUUUGAAAAGCCGUCUGUUGCAUACAGCGUUCCUCACAGUGUUAAUACAUUGCAAAGUGUCACAUGUCAAUUAUCAUUCAAAACCCCAGGUGUGAUUGUAAAUAUGCACUGUAUUGGGAAGAGUUAUAAUGACCUUUUCUAUUGUAUUUUAAUAUAAUUAAGAGAUCCAGACUCUGGCGGCGGGGGGGGGGGAAUAUGCAAAUAAAGUGCUUGCGUUAAUAAAUCUUUUUUUUUUUUUUUGAGUUUUCUAGUUUUCACGAGUGGCCAAAACUCCUUUCCAGUCCCCGUGUUCCAGGGAUGGAAGUAAGACUCCCGUUGCAUAGCAGUUUGAUCCAUUCCUUCACAUAAAGUUCUUCCUAUAAUUCUUAAUGAUCACAGACCCUGGACUGCAAUUAAACUGAAACAGGUUGGAAUGAAAACCUGGACCGGAGUCUGGUUUUGGUGCCGGAAUGCGGAUGGGGUUUGCAGUCCUCAAGGAACCCUUAUGUAUUCUUUAAUCUAACAGUUAGCUCAGUUGUUUUCAGCUCUUAAACAGUUUCAAGUUAACUGUAAAAUCGUGGAAGUAACUUCAUCAACUUGUUAGGAGCUGAGAACAAUUAAAAAGAUCUAAUUAAGCUAAUUGUUAGUUCAGUUAAGGGUUUCAACUACGCUCCGGUUCCGAGGAGCGUAGUUGAGAGCCGCAGCUGUAGAGUGUGCUGCAGCCUGCCUGUCUUUAUGUAUAUGGUUUGCUAUUGAAACAGAUUUGCGUGCUGCAGUGCGUGUGCGGGACAGGAACCACUAGUUCAAGAGUGCCAUCUAGGGGAAGGGCAGUGUCUGUGAUUUCUGAAAAAAGGCUUUAAUGUCAGGGUCGCUUUAAUUAAAUCCAAAUUUGAAGAACACUUUCUUUCCUGUGAUUUUUUUUUUUUAAAUAUAAAGACACUUCUUUAUACUCGCUCUCUAAAUGCUAAAGUCUAAUCAGGCAAGCAGGAUUCAAACCCAUUUCACCUGUCGUACUCUGAUCUUUUCUGCAUUGCACACGAUCGCAGUCAAGCUUGGAAUAUGCAAAGUGAAACGUUUACAAUUUGUAAAAAAAUAAAAGCCUACGAGGUUCUGUUGGUUUUGUGUGAAGGCAAUCCCUGGUUUUGUGUUCUUGGCAUCAGUAUCAGGUUUUUGUUUCCUGCUCCCCUCAUGAUCAUGCAUAUGAACUUAAUUUCCAGUGCAUUAUCUUCUCUGAAAUGCCUGUGAAGACUCAACACUGCAAAGGGUCGUUGGAGGACAGUAGGUCCUCUUUGUCUGUCGGUGGACACUGUUCUCUAUUUUCUCAGCACGAGAUGCCAGUGAAACCGAAUAUUCAGCCAAAGUUUACUGGAAUUUCCUUUUGAAACUUUUUGUAUUUGUUGAGAGGAGAGUGUUUGAAAAUUUAAAUAAAGCUGGCCUUUUUUGUCUCUG